AGAUCGAAGUCCUAGCGUACUAUGGUGAUGUCAACAAUUCCAGCCAUCGUGGUCAGAUCUACCAGCAGAGUUCGGUCAAGAAUGGACUUCAUUCUCAUGGCCAUAUCGUCACAUCUUUGAGGCAUCAUGAGUAGUCAGGCUCCCAAUGUUGAACCUUCGUCACCUUGGGCGGAGAGACGACUGUCGCAAAUCGCAUGCGAAGCAGGAACGAAGAAACAGUCCCCCUGCAACACUGGCUCCAAAUCCAACCGCUCCAUUCCAAGUCCAAAGAUCGGUAGCGUCGAAUCACUGCAUGUAACCAUUGACGAUGCCGAACCAGAUCUACUCAGCAUGUCACCCGGAAGAGGCAAACAGGAGACGCCCCCAAGCGGUCAAAAGGCAACCAAUUCCCGCCAUAAAGCCAGCUUAGCCAAUGGGGUCAAGCACAUGAAGAGACUUAAGCAUCCGGCAGAUCAGAGCUUGAUCCUCCCUCUACUAGGGACACUCCUAUUCGUUGUACUAGCUUUAAUAACCUGCAUUCCAGUUUUAACCGUAACUCUCAUAGUCGUACCUGUAGCGUAUAUCACACGUAGACUUGUUUCGUGUCGGCGAUGUUCCUGCCUACGAUGUCCAAAUUUACUAUCUGCCAUAGAUAGGUUUUGGUUGAACGAAACGGAACUGAACCAAGCAGUGAACCAUAGCUUACUUCAUCUCGAUGGGAACAUUGAGGUGACAAGGGUACGGGAUUUGCUGCUGGCUAGGGUGGUAUCCGCCGAGAACAAACGUGGGACUAAACUCUACGCACGGUUCACCCAGCGCGUCGUCCCUGUCAUGUGCGGCUACCAGUGGAGCAACGAUGACGAGUUUAACAUUGAUAAUCACAUAGUUAAAGUUACCGAGUCUUUCAGAACUAAAAGUGACGUGGUGAGCUACAUCUCUAAACUAGCGUGCAUUGGUUUGAGGCAUGACAGACCCUUAUGGGAGAUGCAUGUUCUGCAGCUGGGAGUCGAACAGCCAGACACGCUGUUACUAUUCCGUAUCCAUGCGUGUAUGUCAGACGGGGUCAAUUUGAACGAAUUGUUACACAAAGCACUGGCCGAUAACCACACUAAGGUGCCACCCGGUACACCACGAAAGACUCGCUUUGGGAAACGUGCAAUGGCAUUCAAUGCAAUAAGAGCCCUCAUAGUCGGGCCCCUUGUACUUUUAAAGCAAGUCUUCUGCUGCAGCGAUGAUUUUAGUCUAUUCAGUGAGCGACGAAUGACAGGACAGAAAAGGGUUGCUUGGUCCGAUGCAAUACACCUCCCACCGGUCUAUCGUGUAAAAAUGGUGACCAGAUGCACUGUCAAUGACGUAGCAUUAUCAGCAGUGGUAGGUAGCCUGAGACUGUACCUCCAAGCAUCAGGCAUACACAACCCGAAACAGAUCCAUUCGAAUAUAGCUGUGGAUUUCAGAGGCUCGGACUCUCCUCGUGGAGUGAGCCCAAUGGGGAACCGCUUCACUCUCUCCAACCUGAAACUACCAACUCAGACAGAAGGGGCUAUCCCUAGGUUAUGGGACACCAAACGGUGCAUGGACGAACUCAAACUCUCAGCUGAGCACGUGGUAUUCUACGGUAUGACGAAAGCUGUCAUGACAACAUUCCCUGAGUCCAUCGCUAGCGGGAUACUCUCGUCCUUCUUCGGAGGGAGUAGCUGCACUUUAACCAAUUUAGCUCUCGGUGAUGAACUUUUAACUUUUGGCGGUAACCAUAUUAAGAUGUUGUUGUUCUGGAUGUCGCCUGUCGAUGAUAUUCCUAUUAGUAUAUCUAUUCUGACGUAUGCAGAUCAGAUGAGGAUAGCUAUUGUUGCCGAUUGUGGAAUUGUGCCGGAUCCACAGCCGAUUGCGGACGAGUUUAAAAAUCAGAUCGAGACUCUGGUCAGCCUCCUUGCUCACCGCCGGAUACCUGGAGAAUACAGACGCCGCGCAUUGGACGAGGAUGAAGACGAGGAUGAAGAAAUCGACUCUCUGGAAGAGGAAAUUCGUACGCCAUCAUCAGCCUCGGGCAGGAAAACACGUCCCUUAUCGGCAAGUUGUCUCCAGAGGGCCAGUUCUCGAUCUUCGUCCGUGAUGCGACCACUUUCCACAGUCGGCGAUAACGAAGUAAACGGGACGCUUGAGGGCUCCCUUACCUACGGUCACGAGACCACUGACGUAGGGGCGUUUAGGAGUUCAUGCGAGAGGCGAGCCGAGAGUGGGAGCAGCAUGGAGUGUGUCAGCUUCUCCCAGGAACCCAGCCAAUCCGACGGAGGGGAGGUUGCCUUCGAUAUCUCACCGUGCGUGGAGAGACGAAACUCAUCUGGCCAUCUUGUCUAACAUUACGUAGUGUCACCUAUUUAUAUAGACCUAUUAGCAGUAACUAAGAUGCAAUUCAAGAAAACCAGCAGUAUUUGUAGACUGCUUGUUGAGAUGUCACCCUAAACGAAAAUAGGUAGACCAACGUAUGGUGUUUCGGCUAAGUUUAUUUGUACAAAAGGCCAUGUCACACGAGCCUACAUCUACAACAAGCCAAUCCAUUAUUUCAGUGCGUUCAUUAUUUUCCUGUGCCGGUGACAGGGAAUUCUGUCCGCCGGAGAUUCGGCCCCCUCAUGGAAAACUAACGUACUGUGGGCUGUAGGAGGAUGAUUCAAAAGAGGGCGCUAUCAGAAGUAGUUUGUACUAUAGUUCCCAAUAUGGGGGACAGAUGGGGGCUGACCCGGUUGAGCCCCAUCAAAGCUAUUCAAACGUACCGGGGCAGACACCGGGGUCGACCCAGGGAAGCUAAACGAACGCACCCGUUAUUCAUAAGUGUGACGUCAGAUGUUCAGGCCAACCCGGGUACAACAUCCUACAGUGACCUUCAAGUUGCUUGUAAAAAUUGACCUGUGUGACACGUCCUGUAGACAUGUCAUGAACUUUUUAUUGGGUCGUUGUAAUGCAAAUAUUAUUUUAACAAACCGUUUGGUGAUUAUAAAUUUUAAAAGAACUUUCCAUAAGAGUAUUAUACUUUCGUUCUCUUGAAGAACUGUUGCAGGGUGAGAAAUGAUAAUUGAUGUAUCGGUGAAAUGCAACGGGUAGGUUGUAAUUAACCAUCCUUCGGCAAUCUUUCACAAGUUAUAUUUGCCAAACUAUAAAAUGGAUAUAGUACGUAUAUUAUAAUAAUAAUAUAAUAAUAUUCUAUGAUAUUUUUUAAUCGACUGUGUAAUAUUGUUGUGGUAACCUUUUCUACCUUAUUUUAAUUAUGACGAGUUUGUGUUAAAUUAGAGUUGCAAAAUAUGUAUUGACUUUCAAACCGUGCGGGGCGUGACUUUGUGAAAGAACCUCCACACAAAUAUUAAUUAUUUUGUUUUACCGUCCACACUGGCCCAAGUUCAUAAAGCCAUAUAGCAGAAAAUGCCUGUCCAGCAAACUUGGACCUUUUCGAAACCACGGCUUCUGCUCCAGAUUCGGCUAAGGCUAGCUUGGUGCUCGCAUUGUUUCGACAAUUAUUGCGCGUCCUUUGUGUACGUGCUCAGGGCUUCAGACAAAAGAACGGAGCCUGAAGCCAAAUCCAAAGCCGUAGCCGUGGAUUCGAACCCUGGUGCCAAGUGUCCUACUGACAGAAUGGUGUGACUAUUGUCAUAAAGGUUCAUCAGAUGUGGAGAACAAUGUGAGAGUAUAUUUUUAAUUGGGAGGGGGGGGGGGACUAAUUAGAUGUGUGGAUGAUUUUCCACACAUGCAUGCUUUGGUGUGUUAUUAGAAAACUUUCGUGCCCGAUGUAUUACGAGCAUCACUAUAGUUUAAUGUCAAUGUUUUAAUAGGUCAAGGUCCAACCCCAAGGUAGCCGUCCAGUUGUAUUAUAUAGUUAGAUCAGUCUGGCAUUCUGUUUUAUACUUUUGUUGUCAAAGAAAUCGCCUAGCAAAAUAAUAAGAAGGUGACAGCGGACCUCGCCGAUGUUUCAAGUUGAAGGCCUAUAGCUGGUAUCCUGACAGUCCCUUUUAUACCCGGCCCUCUGUGGGUGUCUGAGCGAAAUCGAAGGUGCCCAGAGGUGCACUCCUUUAUUUUGAGUUUUGGGCGCGGGCUAAAAGAUCAGACAACGUGUAGUUUGCUUGAAUGGGGAAGCCAUAAGUAAACGAAUGAUUUUCGGUCUAAUCAUGUUUUUAGACAAAAACAAUAAUUGCAUUGGUAGAUUUAUAAACAUGACGAUAUCGUCUCGUCACAAUCUCGUGAUUUGCUCAUACAUGGUUUAUUUCAGAAUUUGACUUGUAAUGCAUUGCAAUAUCUACUUUAUCACCUAAUGUUCUAAGGCUUGCUGUUUAUUUUGUUUUAUGCAAGGAGUCGGGGUGUAUUAAUUCAUCGUGAUCGUUCAAUGCAAAAUCUGUGUUAAGGCCACUGUUUUGAGUCAUCAGUCAGGGAUCAACUGACAUGUAGAUCUUGAUUGUGUCAUGGGAUUAUUUCAGUGUACCUUUCGUCAUAAAAUAUGACCAUGUUUUUGUCUGUUUUGCCUAUGGGUCUUAGAGGUAAACCCCAAACUACAAUAAUUAGCAUUUGAAAUUUCGUAAUACAUAUCACAAAAUACUGAUCAUUUUAGUUAGGUAUUGAUGCAUAUUAUAAAAGAAUACACCGCAGUAGUUGUGAACCACCCUUAUUUAGAACUCCGGCAAGAGUUGUGUAACGAGAAGCUACUUUAUAAUCCAUGGACUUUCAUCUUUGAGAGGGCAAGGCCAUUUUCGUUUUGCGCAUGACACUUUCAUUGUACAAUAUUUAAGUCUUGUAUAAUAAGCCUUUAAAGGGGCAACUAGGCUGCCGACCAGGCAUCCAUGUAUACAGUGUGUUUACAGAAACACACUAGUGGCUUACUCUACUUGAUAUCAAUAAGUCUGAUCGUAGAGCAAAGACGGUCUGAUGGACACAUUACUGUUACCGUCAUGUGCUAGAUUUUUUACAAAAAUUGUUUCGGCGAAGAAACAACUGAAUUUUGUUUUCCCUGAGUGGCUACCUUUGGCAGGCCAUGGUUUGAAUGAUCUUAAAGUUCAAAUCAUCCGUCAUCAGAAAAUUCAUGAUCCUAAUGAUUCAUGAAUUAGGCUAAUAUCACACGCUUUAGUCGUAAAUUAUUAAUUUGAGAUCUAGGCCUUUUUGUUGAAUGCAUGAUUUGUGUGUGAUAAUAAAACGUGAGUUCAUAGAUCCGUGUCGUUUUAUUGGUUGGAUCACGCUUACGUCAUCCAUCAUUUUGCCAUAUGUUAGACCCAUUAUUGGAGUUCAAUGUUGAGUCAUUAUUGAAUGACAACCGUAUACAUAGUGCAGGUUUCAUGUACUACUGCAACGCAACUCAUCACAUUGUCAUUUGGGUGGGUAUCGGAUGUCAAUUCGCAGCCCUUCCUGCUUGGCAUAAAGGACCAACUCGAAAAACAUUUUUAUGAGAUCGUUUUGAGAGCGCCUUUUUCACUUCAACGUUUCAAAGGCAGCCUACGGUUUUGAUUAUAUCGGCCUAUACAUGUACUUGUUUUUUUUUUACACUUUUGUCCCGCUGCUAAAACAGCUUUUUUUCGAGUUGGGCUGUUUUGUCAUGGAGGGCCUCCAUGCGUCUAAUAAAUCGUUAUGAAUAAAGUCAGGUAACUA